GGGCAUUUGUGAGGCCAAAAGGCAUCACAAGGAACUCGUAAUUCCCAAAGCGAGAGCAAAAGGCAGUCUUAUGAGUAUCCUCUUCGUGAAUGCAGAUUUGAUGGAAGCCACUUCGGAGGCCGAUCUUUGUGAAGUAUUUGGCUCCAUGGAGGCGAUCAAGAAGCUCGAAGAUGCGAGGCAAGGGUCACUUGUUCUUGAUCGUGAUCCGGUUGAGGGCGCAGUAGUCUGUGCACAUGCGGAGUUCGAAGGUUCCGCCUUUCUUGACGAAGAGGCAACUUGGACCGAAGGGGGAGGAGCUUGGCUUAAUGAAUCCUUUUUCAAGGAGUUCAUUCAGCUAUCACUCCAUUUCUUCGGCCUCGGAAAUGGUAGGAGGGUCGACAUGCAGGAGUGUGAUCGGGUUCCUGGUCAAUGGUAUGAGAGACACCACAAUCGGGAGGUAGUCCGGCGGGCAAAACUCGGGAAAGACGUCCUUGAACUCCUCGAGGAUAGAGCUAAGCGCGGGGUCGAAAGGGGGGGCUUGGUCGAGUUUGUCCGUCAUAAGCAAGUCCUCGGGACGCUCAUGAUCAAGGACAAGACAGUAAUAGAUAGAGUCAGGGUUGUGACGAGCCAUGUGGAGAAACUGGUGGGGAGUGACGGAAGGUUGGGAGGUAAGGUGGGAAAAGUAGGGAAUGUCAAGGGUAGAGUCGGGGGGUGUGGUGAUGCGAAAGAAGUUCUUGCAUUCCAUAUGCAAGAACUGGAUGGUGUUGAGUUCCUUCGAACUGAGGGACACCGGGGCAAAGGAGUCGGAGAUGGUGUCGAGCUCAACGAGAGGGGCUGUAAACUCGCCGUUGGAGGGGGACGCUAUGGUGGUCUCACCUACAGAGAUGUUGUAAAAGAACUGUGGGCGGGAGGUGGUGGGACCGCGGACGGGGCAGAGAAGGCGACCGUGUUGAAGGGCACAGGUGAGGAGGUCGGUGAAGGACAUGGGUGGCUCGUAGGCGAGGGCAGCUGCGAUGUCCUUUCAGCAAACCCGCUUGAAGCGGGAGAUGAAGACAUUGGCGCUGAUCUGCUCAUGGGGAAUGUUUUGGUGGAAGGUACAGACAUAUUGGACGAAGCGGUCGGUGGGGCCAUUUUGGAGAAGCCUGCAAAACUGGUUGACGUAGUCGUCGAUUGUCUUUUGCAGGCGGAAGGUGGCGGAGAGGAGGGAGGCCCACUCGAGGAAGGAGAGGGGAGGAGGAGAAGAGAUGGAGGAGGCAUGGUGGUGGAGGUCGGAGUGGAGGAGGUGGUCGGUCCGGAUGUGGAAGGGGGUGGAGUUGUAGUUAACACGAUGAUGGCCGGAGCUUGUUGCUCGAAAGUGGUCGUGCGAUUGGAGAGAGCGGAGAUAGUGGUUUGCAUGUCAGUACGGGACGUGUGGACGGUGGAGAACAUUUGGAGGAUUGGCGAGAGGUCGGUGGCGAUGCCGGGGCCAGCUCAUUGUUCGCCUGCAAGUUCAUAGGCGAGACUACCGACGGAAUGGGUGUGCGUGGGGGACAUGUUGAUACUGGAAGACUCAGCCAUGGGUUUGGUGGGGGGUGAUGCGGUGGUGGUGGCGAUGGCAGAGGCGAAAGUGGCAGCAGUGGAUGAGGUGAUAGCGGCAGCAGCAACUGAAGUGCAGCAGCAGAUGAGGCGGCAGCGGCUUCAACAUCUUUGCACGAGGUGUUGGUUUGGCGCUUCAUGCCCCAGGGGGAGGGGGGUUGAAGGCUUUUAUUUACAAAAUGAAGAGGAUUUUGAAUG